AUGAAUGCGCAAAGUCAGUUCUACGAUGACAGAGAAUUCUCAGAACACACCAACGACUCCGUUAAUAGAGCGAUACUCUAUUACUUCAUAUUCGUGAUGUUCCUCAUGACAGUGUUGGUGGUAAUCUUGUAUGGCAUGAAACUUCAUUACAGGGUGAGACUCGCUGAUGAACUUGACAAAAUACGGCAGGACAAGGAACCCGCACGAGUGUACUACGUCGAAGCAGGCUCUGGGGCGCAAAGAAUCGUACCGUCACCACUGUCACCUCCUCUCACUGACCACCAAGUAUAUAAUCCUGUUGGAGAAGUUCUCGUGGAUGAUGUCAGACGUGCAGCCAUUUGA